UCUCUCACACACUCCCUUCAAAAUCAAAACCUCCCGAAGAAGCCAGCCGAGCCAAGAACCCCUCCCAGAAACACAGCAGCCACCAUGGACAAGAAUGACAAGAGGAGCAAGCACAGCAGCCGCCAUGGGGCGCAAGCUGUGGGCCUGCGCGCCGCCAUCGUCGCCAUGGCCGCACUCCUCUGCUCCACGGCCUCCACGGCCCUCACCCUGGACGGCGAGGCGUUGCUUCAGCUCAAGCUGGCCUUCAACGCCACCACCCAGAGGCUCACCAGUUGGAGGCCGACCGACCCAAACCCCUGCGGCUGGGAGGGCAUCUCCUGCUCCGUCCCCGACCUCAGGGUCCAAUCCAUAAAUCUUCCUUACAUGCAGCUUGGAGGCAUUAUUUCACCUAGCAUUGGGAAGCUCGACAAGCUGCAGAGACUAGCUCUGCACCAGAACAGCUUGCACGGUCCAAUCCCUGCAGAGAUCAAGAACUGCAUAGAGCUCAGGGCAAUUUAUCUGAGAGCUAACUACCUGCAAGGAGCUAUCCCUUCAGAGAUUGGCCAGCUCGUUCACCUCACAAUCCUGGACUUGUCGAGCAACCUAUUGAGGGGCACGAUACCGGCGUCGAUUGGAAGCCUUACUCACCUUCGCUUUCUGAAUCUGUCCACCAAUUUCUUCUCCGGAGUGAUCCCGAAUGUUGGUGUCCUCGGAACAUUCAAAAGCAGCUCGUUUGUCGGAAAUCUGGAACUUUGUGGUCUGCCCAUCCAGAAAGCUUGCCAUGGAACCUUGGGGUUUCCUGCUGUGCUGCCGCAUUCCGAUCCCCUCUCCUCAUCUGGUGUUUCUCCGAUCAACAACAAUAAAACAUCGCACUUUCUGAAUGGCAUUGUGAUCGGUUCAAUGUCAACCUUGGCUCUUGCCUUGAUCGCCAUACUCGGCUUCCUAUGGAUUUGCUUGUUGUCCAGGAAGAAGAACAUUGGUGGAAAUUAUGUAAAAAUGGAUAAGCGAACUGUUCCUGAUGGUGCAAAGCUUGUGACAUACCAGUGGAACCUUCCAUAUUCAUCAAGUGAGAUCAUUAGAAGGCUGGAGCUGCUUGAUGAAGAGGAUGCGGUUGGCUGUGGUGGGUUUGGUACAGUGUACAAGAUGUUGAUGGAUGAUGGCACAGCAUUUGCCGUAAAGAGGAUUGACCUCAACCGCGAAGGGCGUGACAGGACCUUCGAGAAGGAGCUUGAGAUUCUGGGAAGCAUCAGGCACAUCAACCUUGUCAACCUGCGAGGCUACUGCCGUCUCCCAACAGCCAAGCUACUCGUAUAUGAUUUUGUGGAGCUGGGCAGCUUGGAUUGCUACCUUCAUGGAGAUGCACAGGAGGACCAGCCAUUGAACUGGAAUGCAAGAAUGAAAAUCGCUCUGGGCUCCGCUCGAGGUCUGGCAUAUUUGCACCAUGAUUGCUCACCUGGGAUUGUGCACAGGGACAUCAAAGCCAGUAAUAUCCUUCUGGAUAGGAGCCUGGAGCCUCGUGUAUCUGAUUUUGGCCUUGCAAGACUGCUUGUAGACAAUGCUGCUCAUGUUACCACUGUUGUGGCAGGCACCUUUGGAUACCUGGCACCAGAAUACUUGCAAAAUGGGCAUGCUACUGAGAAAUCAGACGUGUAUAGCUUUGGAGUGCUUUUGCUGGAGCUGGUGACUGGAAAGAGGCCAACUGAUUCAUGCUUCAUCAAGAAGGGACUGAACAUUGUUGGCUGGCUGAACACGCUAACGGGGGAACACCGGUUGGAGGACAUCAUUGACGAGAGAUGCGGCGACGUGGAAGUGGAAGCAGUCGAGGCUAUCCUGGACAUCGCUGCAAUGUGCACCGAUGCAGACCCAGGCCAGCGGCCAUCGAUGAGCGCUGUCCUGAAGAUGCUGGAGGAGGAGAUCCUGUCUCCCUGCAUGAGCGAGCUGUGCUACGAGCAGCACCUGGAGCUCUGAGUGAGUAUAAUGCUUGCUACUCAUGAUGAGAGAGUACGUAAGAAGCAAAAGUUUUGUAGAUACAUGAUGAACCAUGUCCAUGUAGGACUCUGGCUGGACAAGCGCAGCUUCUCGUCUUCUCUUGUGCUCAACCCAAGUGGUCAAAUCGAUGUGUUUUGUACAUAGAGAGAUGUCUGUUUUUCUCUUUCCCCUUUUCGCUUUUAUCUUUGCUAUUCCGGUGAUUGGCUGAUUAGCUCGCUUUUACUAUUGUGGGUGCAAAGUUGACAUCUCCUUGAACAAAAAUUAAAGGAAAGAGUAG